GUUGUGAACGCCUGACUGCAUUUUUUUGUUAAGAAGCAAAACAAAACUACAAAUAAAUUACGAAACCCCCACACAUUUCAUAAUUCAUUAUUAAAUAUUUUUGUUCAUAUAAUACUCAUGAAUAUUAUUAUUUUGUAUUCAUACAGUGACACAUUAUAGUUACUUACGCUCUGGCAAUAGUCAAACUACUAUGGGUUUGUUUGUCAGAGGACCCCAGGAAGCACGUUGAUAUGUUUACGGUCGUGCCGCUGUAAGUUGUCUGCCGGAAUAAAUGCCAAUAAAUUAAUAAGUGUAUACAGCAUUCGUGAAGAAAGUACAACACGUGCACAGCAAACCAAGCCUCCGCAUCGAGCAGCCCAUAAUGAAGACCUCUGCAUGUUGCUGUCAGUAAACUACGUCAAGACAAACAUGGAACCUCCACUGGUGGUCCCGGUCAUCACUGUCCAGAAUGAUGACUUCGAUGAUCUUUGGCCUGCUAUGGUAGUGGCCAUUGAAACGGCGUCAUUCAUUGCACUGGACACGGAGCUGGGUGGUUUUGGGAAUAGAAAGUCCCUGCUGGCUCAAUCGAUGGAGGACAGAUAUAAAGCCAUAUGCCAUGCAGCGCGAACUCGCUCCAUCCUCUCCCUGGGAAUUGCCUGCUACAAGAAACUGGACAAUAAGGCUGCAGACACAUACCUGGUCCAGGUGUAUAACCUCACCCUGCUGUGUUCAGAGGAGUACAUGAUAGAGCCGCAGUCAGUCCAGUUCCUGGUGCAGCAUGGAUUCGACUUUAACAAGCAGUACGCUCAUGGAAUCCCUUACUGCGGGGGGAAUAACAAGGGAGGAUCUGAUUACCACGGCGUCCACAUCAGGGCGCUGUUCACUGAAUUGCUGCGCGCCAGGAAACCCCUGGUGUUCCACAACGGCCUCAUCGACAUGGUCUUCCUUUACAAGAGUUUUUAAGCUCAUCUGCCCGAGCGCCUGGCGACCUUCACAGUCGACCUGUCUGACAUGUUUCCCGCUGGCAUCUUUGACACCAAAUAGCUCCAUUUUUUUCUGUCACACUCUGCAGUACAGUCCAAUUAUUGCUAACUCUGGUGUUGACCUGGGUGAGGACUGCAGACGCUCCAUGACGCACAUUGACAUCCUUUCUGCUUUAAUCUGCAGUUGAUGAGCUUCAGUGGGAGGGCGUGACAUGUGAUGUUCAAGCCGGCCACCCCCUGUUCCUCUCCUGACUGUGUAGACGGUAGACCGACCCGUAAAAGUCACUAGUUCUGCGAUAACAAAGAUUGCCUUCAUUUUAACACCCAAACAAUAUAAAAGUAACUGCCAGAGGCAAAACACAGCCCUCAGGGUUUGUCAAUCAAAAGACCAUUCCACGUUAAGAAAUGGUAGAGAUAGUUCCUAGUUCAAGACACUAGCUGGGGUUUCACUGGGCCUGCCAGACGCAAAGGCUACAUGGGAAUCUGUGAUCCUGCUAGAUACGGAGGACAAUCGGCAGUGGCAAAAACAGUCACUACAGCCAUCCUGCCAGAUGCUCUGGUGUGAUACAUGUGGGAUGGUUUCUCAGCCCCUGUAGAGCAUCAGGGAGCUACUCUGAGUUGCUCCAAUCACACACCUUGGCCUCUUAGCGGAAGCCUGCUCCUCAUUGCUCUCCUCCCUGCUCCUCCUUGUUGAAGGGCUGAGGCCUGAAGUUGAAGGGACAACAGCAUCGUCAUCCAGAGAGUUGUCACCGCCAAAAAAUCCGAAAGUUUCCUCUGUGGUGAGUGGCCCAAUGGUCUCAGGGUAACCAAGACCAAACACCUCAAGUUCAGGGGGCUCAAUUCCAUCCUCUUCAUCCACACCAAAGGCAUCAAGUCCAGGAUCCUGCUCGGGUCUCCCUUGCUGGUUCCUUGCAAUCAGCUGCUCAAGAACACCAUGAGGAUCAGCAUAAGGAAAAGCCUGUGGAGCAGCAUAACAAGGAACAUACGGAGCAGCAUAAGGAGGAACAUACGCAAAAGGAUAAGCGUAAGGAUGGGCAUAUGGAGGAACAUUCGCAAAAACAAAAGGAUAAGCGUAAGGAAGAACAUACGGAGGAGCAUAAGCAAAAGGAAAAGGAUUAGCAUAAGGAAAAGCACUAAGCAAAGCAUACGAAUAGGCAUAGGGACAAACAAAAGGGAAAGCAUAAGGUUCAGCGUUGAAUAGAGGAUAAUAAACUGGAUUUUGAAUAGCGCCAUGUCGUCUCCAGUCCAUCUCAAAGUCCUGUGGUGGGAACUGCUGAAACUCAGGAGAGGGAAUUCUGACAUUUCUACCAUUGUCAUGAUCCACUUCUUCCGCUCUUUCCUCUCCCCUCCUGCAGUUUGGCUGGUCAAACCUGCGAUGACCAUCACCAUUUUCAUCAUCUAUAUGCUGGGGAAGAGGAGGAUUGUCACUGAUGGUGUUCUCUUCAGGCCUCUCAGCAUCAGGGCAUUCAAAGUUGUGGUUCAAUGACCCAAAGAAAACACCUGUGGGUGGACAAAUGGAGGGUGGAGUAUCAAAAGUCACAUUCUGCAGUUCCAUAAAACAGAAAUGCGCCGCAUUGUAGGCCCUGCUACCUGCAUCCAAUCGGUGCCUUGUAAACUGACGUAACGUUAUUGUACGUUAACUUUAGCGAACAAUAUUGGACAUUUCAAAAUGACCUCAGGUUCACUGACUUCACGUUCAACAAUAAACACAUGAACCGUCAAGUCGUCAAAUUAACCUUGACAAACGAGACCAAGACGCCACUGAAUUUUAAAGACUUCACCUCACACACUUGUUGCUAUGUGGUUGUGUCCACAGCGGUCGACAGAUGCUUGAAAGAAGCGGCAACGCUGACUAGCUUCUGUGCUGCUUUCCCAAGUGCGCUUGUAAUUCAGAAAAACACUGUACCCCCCAUUUCCACCACACUUUCUGAAUAAAUUUAAAAUUAAUGCAUUUUUCAAUUUUGCAUCUCAUCUGUCAGCUCAUUAGACAUGCCUGGCAAAAACAAAGUAUAAAGUGUAGUUUAAAGUAUACAGAGACUUCUGUAAUGCAUUUCUCGUGAUGACCAAUGGCUUGUUAUUUUCCCCACGGUUCCCAUUAACAAUUAGGUGGUUAAAGUGACCCCACUUCAUGAGAACUUGUGGUGUACAGAGAGGCUGCUGCCCUUGUGAUGAGGAAGCUGGGAAGUGUCCGCUGAAAUUUAUUUAUUAGGGUUGGUGCCUGUGAAGUCAGUUGUCCACCUGAACUGACACUGGUCAGGAAGUAAAGGUGAGACGAAAUACUGUACAUCCAUAUUGUUUUCAAUGUGCUUACAAACAAGCUAUGUUAUUGACAGCAUCAUCAGAACUAUGAGUAAACUGAGUUUACCUGUGCCAA